AGCAGAUCACAAGGAUAGCCAGUCGACUACCGAACCGUCGAACACGCCCAACAGGCGGGACCUGUCCAGGCUGCAGAGCCGAUAGUCGAGCUGUGGAUGAGGGGGCAGGACAGAAGUUUCUCUCCAACACGCCGAGAACAUCAACCGAACCUUGAAGUUAUUAUUGAUUACUGUGGACACAACCACGGCGGGCCGGGUUUAUUCUCUACGGGAUUAGACCCGUUAAGAAGUGAGUCUAGUGUGUGGCUCCCGCUAGCCUGGUGCUAGCCUGGCGCUAGCUGUGGUUCUUCGGUAUGUUGGGCUGCCUGGUGGCGGGCCGGCUGGUCCAGACCGACCCGCUCAGGGUCGCUGGGGAUAAGUUCGUGUUCAACCUAGCGGACUACGAGAGCGUGAACCAUGUGGUGGUGUUCCUGUUGGGUACGGAGCCCUUCCCGGCCGGAAUGGGGGGCGCCGUGUACUUCUCGUUCCCUGACCCGGCGGCUGGGGGACAGGUGUGGCAGCUGCUCGGCUUCAUCACCAACGAGAAGCCGAGCGCCAUCUUCAAGAUCUCCGGCCUGAAGGCGGGAGAGGCAGGAGGCACGCACCCCUUCGGGACGAUGGGGGCCGCCUCCCCGGCCAUCUCCAUGGCCCAGGUCGGGGUGUCCGUGGAGUUGCUGGACCAGCUAGCCCAGCAGACCCCGGUGUCGGCCGCCACCGUGUCCACCGUGGACCCCUUCAUGCAGUUCACGCAGAAGAUGCUGGACAGUUUGUACAACUUUGCGUGUUCGUUCUCCGUCACCCAGGCCCAGAUGACCCCCAGCCCCAGCGAGAGCUUCAUCCCGUCCAGCUGCAUCCUCCGCUGGUACGAGAACUUCCAGCGACGGCUGGCCCAGAACCCCACCUUCUGGAAGAGCUGAACGACCCCAAGCGCCCGGAGCAGGACGGGGUCGCCGACCCGCUCCUGGGGGGUCCUUGUUGCCAAAGCAGAGCCGCUGCAUGAUGAUGCCCUGAACCAGACCCAAACAUAUUUAUUUAAAGGGUUUUAACUUUGCUAUCUAGUUGCUAAGCUCCGCAGCACAUAUUCGGCUCGGAUUUAAAUAAUAAAAGUAUAUUAACAAGGUUCUAGUCCUUGAAUGCUUCUGAGGCGAAGUGUGUAAUAGUGAUUUAUUCAUCUGCUGUACAUGUGACCCUUCCGUGCUCUAUAUAUAUAUAUAUAUUUCAAUCAUGAGGCAGCCCUACUUUACAGACAGGCCUACCUGCGAUGUUUACAUCAGUUCAAACAAAGUGUCAGACUUCCUACUUGUCAUUAACGUAUAUUUUGCCAUGGUUCAAUAUAACUACUAAAUCGUAUCAUCAGGAUAGUGCAAUUGACGAAUUAUUUGAAUUAAAUAAAGUAAACAUCAUACCAUAACCACCCAUCACCACAACUGAACCCAGCGUUCUGUCUCCAUCCCACAACGCCGUCUUCCCUGUGACGAUUUUUUGCUUGUUUUUGGAAUUAUAGGACAUUUACGAGCAAAUAUUUCAGGCUAGUCGGCACCGUGCCUGAAUAGGCUCCUUGACCAGAUCGUUGGAACGAGCUCCAUGACCUGAUCAGGCGUCCUCGAGGAGCCGCUAUAAAGCAGGUUAAAUGACUGGUCAAGUGAAUCUGGUGCUCAAGUACCUCCCUCCACUAACCACCUUGCCUUGGCUGGUAGGGUUGGGUUGUUGGCUCAUGAGCGAGCGUGUGUGUGGGGACACACCCCGACUUCACCCUUCCAAAGACGCCAACCCUUUCACCAACCACACGUUCGCUCAUACAUAAAGUACAAAACACAAAAACUGUUUAGAGGUAACAGCCCGAUGUUUAAGUUUUGAUAUUUAAAUACAAGAACAUAGAGGCUAUAGUAAAUAUUAAGAAUGAUGUAAAAACGUGAAACAAAGUCACUCGCUUUGACAAACAAAAUAUAUUUAAGAGGUAACAGUCCCAUGUUUAAAUAUAACUAUAUAA